GUUUUCUGGUUGGGAAAUGAAGGCCUGGUUCUUCCUCAACCAAAGCAGCCUGGAUUUUUUAUCGAAAGGAAUUCAAUGGAUUCAACAGAAUCAGCUCAAUUUAUCAGUUAGCUCGUUGUAAUUGGGGUUCCUCAACAGUCUGCAGCAGAUUGGUCUACUGGUUGUGUUAGGAGAACUUCUUUGGAUUGUAACCAAGAUGGUUUUCUUAAAUUUACGGGCAUCAAGAUGCCUGAUUCUAGAAACUCCUGGUUUAAUGAGAGCAUUAACCUUGAAGAAUGUGAGAAAUUAUGCUUAGCUGAUUGCAACUGUACAGCCUACUCAAAUCUUGAUGUUAGAAAUGGGGGAAUUGGAUGCUUACUAUGGUUUGGAGAACUCAUUGAUAUUCGAGAAUUGAGCCAAAAUGAGCAAAACCUGUUUGUGAGAGUUGCUGCUUCAGAAAUAGACAGGAAGCGGAGUAGAAAGAUGUCAGUCCUGAUUGGUGUCAUUUCAGCAGUGGUAGCAACAUUUAUCCUCAGUUUUUUAGCUUGGUUUUCCUUCCAAAGAAGGAAAAGAAGAAUAGGUCCAGCUGUUGAAAAUGAGGACAUGGAGCUUCCAUUGUUUGAUUUAGUUACUGUUACUAGUGCCACUGGGAACUUCUCUGCUAAGAAUGUGAUCGGGAAGGGUGGAUUUGGACCGGUUUACAAGGGUAUCCUACCAAAUGGACAAGAGAUAGCAGUAAAGCGGCUAUCAAAGCAUUCUGGACAAGGCUUUCAAGAGUUAAAAAAUGAAUUUGUUCUCAUUUCCAAGCUGCAACACAGGAACCUUGUUAAGCUUUUGGGCUGCUGCCUUGAAAGAGAAGAAAGGAUGCUAAUCUAUGAGUUUAUGCCCAAUGCUAGCUUGGACUAUUUCAUUUUUGAUCCAAGCAGAAAAACUUCACUUUCAUGGAAGAACCGCUUUGAAAUUGCUAUAGGAAUAUCUCGAGGUCUUCUUUACCUUCACCAGGACUCAAGAUUAAGAAUUAUUCACAGAGAUCUCAAGACCAGCAACAUUUUAUUAGAUACUAACAUGAAUGCCAAAAUUUCUGACUUCGGCCUUGCCAAAAUAUUUGGUGGAGAUCAAGUGGAAGGAGAAACUAAGAUUAUAGUAGGGACAUUUGGAUAUAUGUCCCCGGAGUAUAUUGUUGAUGGCAAGUAUUCAGUAAAAUCAGAUGUAUACAGCAUCGGCGUAAUCAUUCUUGAAAUAGUUAGUGGCAGAAGGAACAGGAAAUUUCAUCAUUUGGAACAUCUUCACAAUCUUUUGGGACAUGCAUGGUUACUUUGGACUGAAGGCAACGCGUUGGAACUGAUGGAUGAAUGUUUGAAAGAAUCAUUUUCAGAAUCUCAAGUGUUGAGAUGCAUCCAGGUCGGUUUGUUAUGCGUCCAAAAACUCCCAGAGGAUAGGCCUAUAAUGGCAUCAGUGGUUUUUUGGUUGGGAAAUGAAGGUCUGGUUCUUCCUCAACCAAAGCAUCCAGGUUUUUUCACAGAGAGGAAUCCAAUGGAAUCUACUGAUGAAGAAUGUCUAAGUAACAACGCGACGACGUUAACAGUUCUUGAGCCAAGAUAGACAAAUAAUCACUAUUGGAUGUUUUGAAAUGUAUUUACUUUGUCUUGUUUGUCAAACAGUACUAGUGUAUAUAUGAUAGAAUAUACUAAAAGAGAUAGUUUAAUGCCAGUGUU